AUGUACGCGUUGCAAACAGUCGGUAGCACGACCAGCUCCGUCAAAGAUGACACGGAGGUGUUGGAAUUGGACGAUGUUGGAAACUCGAUAGUCGAGCAGAUCAUCAGCAACAGCAACGCCGUCAAACGCUCGGGGAACCUAACAGCAAAUGGCUAUCAAUCUUCUCAAACUCACCCAGCGAUACAUAAUUAUGAGCGAAACAACGUCCACAAAGAUCACACUGGUUUGUGUUAUUGGACGAUAUUUCAAGCGGUUGGACUUACGUGCGUCGCCAUAAUUAUUUGUCGAUCCGUCAUAUAUCAACACGGAUAUUUCGAUGUAUCUCCCAACAGGAACUCAACGUCCAUUACUAAAAGCCAAUUUUGUAAUUGGCAUUACUCGCUCAGCACACUUGGAUUCAUAUACCUCUAUGCCAACUCAAUUUUUAUGAUAAAAUCCCACAAAUCAAAAGUGUCGCUGCCGUACUUGAUGUUGCACACGUUCGGGUACCUCGUGUCAGCAUUGGGGCUGUGCGCCAUGUACGUGCACAAGGAAAUUGGCAAGCCCGAGGGCAGCGCGUUUUACGAGGGCCAUUUAUAUUCAGUACAUUCUUGGACCGGUGUGUUGGCAGCCGCCCUGUUCACGGUCCAGUGGCUGUCCGCCGCCGCCACGUUCAUGAUGCCGUGUCUGCACAGCAUAGGGUUACCACUGGGAAAAAUGUUCAGCCUGUAUACCACCAUUGUGUCGACCACCUGCCUCAUAGCUGGAGUUAAUCAACACGCCAUGAAGACGUUAGCAAACGAUUACAGAACAUAUUCAAUUGAGUCAUUAAUUUUGAACGGGUUUGGAAUGCUUGUUAUAGUUUUUUUAUUUUUAAUUAUUUACAUGGUCAUAAAACCGAACAGAAAUUAA